GGUUGGCGAGCUGCGUGAUGCAUUUGUUUGGAGUUCUGGUUUCUCGACAGUUUGGAGCCCGGAUUUAUCCCUGUGUAUUAUUAACGAGCACGAAAUCUGAGAGUGGGGCCUGAAUGCACAUGUGGUACUGUUAACGCAAGCGCUUCUUAUUUUGCUCUUUAGAAGUGAAGAAUAGUUUAAAUAACUCUGGGAUUAUGAUGGGCGAGACGAAGAAACCAUCCGGAUUAUUCUAACCUUUGCACUAUAAGAAAGCUGCGGUGAAAUUUGCCAGCCGCAUCCCGGUACACUGCGGAUAAGGAACAUAGCUCGCUAAAUGCGUCUACUCGUCGACUCUCACAGAACAAUGAGCAGCGGUUCUAGCAACUUUCUGCUAGUUCCUAUACCGGAGUAUCCCGUUCUGGACUGUGUGCCGAAUAAGACCGUGAAAAUUGUGGUUUUAGGUGCUAGUAACGUAGGCAAAACAGCUUUGAUUGUGAGGUUUCUCACCAAGAGAUUUAUAGGAGACUAUGAAGCAAACACUGGGGCCCUGUAUUCAAGGAAGAUUAAUCUAGAUGGAGAACAGGUAUCUUUACAGGUCCAGGACACACCCUGUGUUGCUCUGCAGGAUGAUGCUGAGGGGCUGUACUGCCAGGAGCAGAUCAACCGCUCCAUCUACUGGGCGGAUGGCUAUGUUCUGGUGUUCUCCAUCACAGACCACAGCAGCUACCGCACCAUCCAGCCGCUCUACCAGCACGUGCGCCGCAUCCACCCCAGCGGCAACAUCCCCAUCAUCCUGGUGGGCAACAAGAGCGACCUGCUGCGGGCGCGGCAGGUGCCGGCCGACGAGGGGGAGGCGCUGGCCGCUGAGCUGGGCGGAGCCUACUUCGAGGCCUCCGCCCGGGAGAACCACGAGGGCGUGCAUGCCGCCUUCCUGCACCUGUGCCAGGAGGUGAGUCGGGCGCUGGGCGGCAGUAACGGGGAGAAGAGGCGCGCUGGGCUCCACCUGGCCAGGCCCAAGUCACCCAACAUGCAGGAGCUGAAGAGGAGGUUCAGGCAGGUCCUUUCUUCCAAGGUCAAGUCUUCCACCACCCUGUGAUGUCACUUCCUGGGAGGAGGGACACCUGCUCCAGACCGGGGGCCCGGGCUUCAGAUCAGCUCAGGUGGACCCCACUGUAUGUGUCACCAGGUCAUAUUCGUCACUGAAAGUGACAACGAACGUCGAACUAGACUGACAGCCCAGCCCAGUAUCAAGACUGUCAAGGUGGACCUUCUGAACAAUUGAAACCAUACUGACAGGCUUUCAUACGCUGAAUUUGCAUUCUGGGACAGCAGCUGUUAUCCUUGUCACGGACAGUUCAGUUUCCUGUCUGUGGAUCACUUGGGACACGGAGAAAGGCCGCAUCCCCUCCCCUCCAUAUGUCUCCCUCUGGUUUACUGCCUCAUGAAAGUAAGAAGAGUUCAAACUCCGGUUAACCAAAGAAGCAGGAAAGAAGAAGUGAAACUUUCUCUAAUGGGAGAAGCAGCUAUUUCAUCAGCAAGCUUCAUAUUUCUCUAAGAGUAAGAAUGUCAGUGUCUGAGCUUUAUUCGAGGUUUAUACAGGGUGUCCCUCAUAUAUUGUCUCAAUGGGAAAUACACCUUCAGUGUUUUUUCUGAUGCAGUUGGAACAACAUGUAAUGACUUAUAUGAGUGAGAGCUUUCACAAAAGUUUAUGCGACUGUCCAAGAGAAGGCAGAAAUGAAAUUUGGCGCACACUACAGAAUUUCACAGUUGUCAUCACAAACAACAUGUGCUGCUGGGUGGAUGCUUGCAGACUUUGGCCCGUGCAUAUGUUUGGAAAACUUAAUCAAAUGUGUGCAAGCAACAAGAGGAGACAUCCAUCUGAAAUCUGUUUCAGUUCUAAUGUAUUAAAAUACCUAUGAGACCAGAGUUCUGGAACACCCUGUGCAAACACAUUGUUGCUUGAUUCUGACUUUCAUUAAAUUACCAUUGCGGCUUUUUUCAGUGUGCCAUAGCAGCUGUCAUGGGUGCCUUCCUGUCUUUCCAGAACAUACAGUUCUUCUGGACGCGUGCCAUCAGGUCAUGGUUCUGGUUCUGAGUUGAAUUCUUAAUGGGUAACUCAUCCGAUCCAAAAUUUCUAAAAAAAAAAAAAAAAAAAAAUUGCCUAGUUUGGAUAUUUCACUCACGGAGGAAAUCUAGAGGGACACCACAGCUGUCCAGAAAAUUCCCAUGGCUUCAGUGAUGAUUUUUCCCUCAGUCACCCUGACCACUCUGUCACAAGCUCUCCAUGCAUUCAACAUUCAAAGCAAUGGACAUGAUAAACUCAUUAGCAAAUCCAGUCCUCAGAUAACCUAUUUUCUGGUUAAUAAAAGCUUUUAUAUCAGAUGCAAGACUUCCCCUAUGCAUGUUUAUUGAUGUCCCCCUGAUUUUUUUUUCCUGUAUAUUAAAGAGUCAAAAUGUGCCUGUGAUUGAUAGUUGCAUGGGAGCAGUGCCUUCAAUGGGUAUGGAAGCUCCCUAGGGUGUCAUGUAUCUAUACCAUAGUUUUCUUGAUCUGCUGCCAUGCCAGGAAAUGUCUGUCAGACCACUUUACUGGUCGGGAUGCUUUAGUUCUGCAUUGAGCCUGUUUUCCUCUUGAGCAAGAUAAACUGACCAUGACUUCUGUUUCUCAUGGCCUGCCGCUGCUUUGAGCUGCGUGUUACAUUUAAUGCACUGUGGAGGUCACGGAGAGCAGAGUGCUUCUACGGGGGCCCCCAGGUCUCACCCGCCCAUUGCACACGAGUCCCAUGCGCCUCCACUCCGAUAGAGAUGCACUCCGCAGGAUGGCUCCGUGGAGGAGGAGCAUUCCCCUCCUUCUCAAAAUGGGCUCGUCAGCCUCCACUCUUGACUGAAAAAAUCAAGCAAGCUCCUUAAUUAACAGGAAAAUCUUCUCUCGCUGGGUCUGCACAUUGCAGCAAUGCAUAAGGCCUGUUUAAGGCUUAAAGGAGUGUGUGAUACUGUGCAAGAAUGCGGCCUGCUUUUCCAUCUCAUAACGAUAUCCUCCCCUUUCCUGUGCCGCCCACAGAUCGCAGCCCACUCUGACCAGAUUGCUUCUGGUUAUUUUCCUGUGUUA